AUGACGACGACGGCGGCCGGUGGCAACGACGACGACAACCACAGCGUCGCGCAGCAAGAGUGUGUCCGCGUCAUUGUCCGUGUGCGGCCACGCAACGAGCGCGAACGCAAGGGCCAAAAAGAGAUCGACGAUGUUGUCACGAUUACAUCCAAGCACAGCAGCGACGACCUGCCCAACCAUGUUCAAGUCGCGAGCGCGGCCUGGGACGUCGACGUCGGGUAUACCUAUGAUGCUGUUUUCGGGACGUUGACGCAGCAAGACGAAAUCUACGGCUACCUCGCCUCGUCGGUCGAGCAAGUCGUGCAAGGCUUCAACUGCACGAUCUUUGCCUACGGGCAGACUGGUACGGGCAAGACGCACACGAUGAUGGGCCCCGACAGCAUGCCGGCCUUGGUCGACGGUAACACGAUCGCCGCGGAGGCCGGUAUCAUUCCGCGCGCCGUGGCCGGGCUCUUCGCCGAGCUUGCGACCAUUGGUGCGAGUGGCGCCGGCGCCGUCGUCCACUGCUCAUACAUGCAGAUCUACAACAACCAAGUGUUCGACUUGCUCCAAGCAACCAACGUGCGGGACCAAAAGCCACUGCAAGUCCGUGAAAAUAUCAAGGGCAACGCCAAGCACAUUUACGUCAGCGGUAUCUCUGAAUUUCGCGUCGGGAGCGCUCAAGACGUGCUGGAUCUGCUCCAAGUGGGCGGCCAAAAUCGCACGAUCCGAGCGACUGAGUGCAACGAGAAGAGCAGUCGGAGCCACGCGCUCUUGCAAGUCAACAUCGAAGUCGAGUCGCGCGGGUCCGAGAGCACGACGAUCAUCCGUCGAGCCAAGCUCAACCUCGUCGACUUGGCGGGCUCGGAAAAGUGGGACACGGACAUUGCCAUGUCCAACGACCGCACGCGCGAGCUCCGCAACAUCAAUGCGAGCCUGUCGGCGCUGGGAAAUGUCAUUGCGGCGCUCACCGACAAGAAACGAACACACAUUCCGUACCGGGACUCGAAGCUGACACGACUGCUGCAAGACUCGCUCGGCGGCAACACGCGAACGAUUGUGAUUGCAACGAUUUCACCGUCAGAGGCCGCGAUCGAAGAGACGAUCUCGACGCUGCAGUUUGCCGAGCGAGCGAAACAGAUCUCGCUCAACAUUCAAAAGGAGAUUGCUCGCCUCCAGCACUUGCUCCGUGCGCAGCCGACGACCGAGCGCUUCGCAGCGCUCGAGGCUCAAGUCGCAUCGCUCACGGACGAGCUCAAGCAAGCGCGGCUCGAAAAUGCCCAGCUCAAGCGCAAGCUACAAGCAAACAAGAUCGAUCCACGCCCGCCACCAUCGCUCGUGAGCAGCAACAAUCAAGUGCCCGAGGCAACACCCGUGUUGGAGCGACCUACCUCACAAGCCAGCGACUCGGCGCCGACUGAUGCGCGUGCGGUGGAAGAGUACGACCGUCAGGCGCAGCACCAACUGAGUCAGCUCCAUCGGCUCCAGAGUGAACGUCGACAGUUGGAGGCGCAGUUGCAGUCCAUGCAAGCGCCGUCGUUGCCCGUCGCGCCCGAAGACGACGACGUGUGCCCCAUCUGCCAGCGCUUGAUUGACCACCACACGGACGACGAACUCGAUCGGUGCAUCGAGCUCGAAGCACAAGCGAUAGCACCCGAGCCGGUGCGACCCAAGACGUCCGUGUCGACGUCGUCGUUGCCGGCGCUCCGCCGUCCAUCGAGCAAAGCGUCGUUGACCCAGCGAAAAGAGUCCAGUCCGUACGCAGAACCACCGGGCAGCCUAUCGUCGCGCGAGAGCACGAAAUCGCCAAGUACGCCACCGACGAUGACCAACCAGGCGCGGCCAGCCAAGCCCAAGUCCAAGCAUUCGAUCGUCAAGCAGAUGAGAGCGCGGCAGAAGGCCAAAGACCGUCUCGCCGCGUCGCCGUACGUAGACGUGUUGCCAAAGAAGCUUCUCGAGCCCGUACCACCACUGAAUCAAAAAGAGGGCGCCCUCGCCAACGACGUGCGCGAUAUUGGACUCAACCUCACCGUCUACAGCUAUCGGUACGACUCAUGGUACCCCUGCACCAUUGUCGGGUAUGACUCGAAGCGCAAGAUGCACUGCUGCCACUACGACUACGGCGACAAGCAGUGGCUCGUCCUCGCCGACAAGAAAAUCGAGGUCGUCGGUCGCACCACCGACUAGAAGAGGAGCCCAUUUCCAUAUACAGUACUAGUGUUGUUGUGCUUUUUU